AUGCUAAGUCUAACUCACAGAAAAUUAGUGACGGAUCUGAAUAAAUCAAUUUCCCGUGGCGUUUUUAAACAAAAACCGCAAGUUACAAAGAAUCCAGAGUCAAUCAAUCAUCGAGUUUAUUGGUGGUCUGAACACCGUCCCUACCGCCGUACCGUACUAGACAUUUGCAGAAUCAUCACCCAUACACGUUCUUUUCACUCCCUAAUAAACCCUCAGUCACUAAUUGGCUCUGAGCUGGUACAUAAACUUUCGUUGCCAGGACCUUUCACAGGAUUUAUCCCAGUUAAUUCGGCUAUUAGCCAGUCAAUAAAGGGUUUGGACGAUCGAAGUCUCUCAAAUUUUAUAUUAUCUCACUUUGUAUCCGAAUACUAUCUACAUAGAGAUAUAAUAGGCUCGACGCAAUCUAAUUUAGCUUGCAGUAAUGAAAUUAGACAAAAAAUUACUAGCUUGGAUAAUUUAUCAGGACAAACACUAGAAUUUGUGAGAGAUGUGAAUGAGAUUGGGGAGACGAUUAUCCGUGUAAAUAACGCAGAAGUUUUGCGAUGGAAUCUAAAGUGCCAUAAUGGAGUUAUACAUAUAAUAAACAAUACACUAGUGUAG